GAGAUUCAGAUUUGCACCUUGGUUUGGCCCAGCCGUGCAGGAGAAAUAGUUUGGGAUGUGACCUUUGCCAUUGUUUUCUUUCUAAUACCAGGAUUAGUCAUUGUCAUCAGUUAUUCCAAAAUCUUACAGAUCACAAAAACAUUAAGAAGGAGUUUAAAUGCUGGUUUAGCCUUCUCAGAAGAUCAUCAGAUUCGUGUUUCCCAGCAAGACUACAAACUAUUCCGAGCCCUCUUUGUGUUGAUGAUCUCUUUCUUCAUCAUGUGGAGCCCAAUUAUAAUAAUUAUUUUUCUAAUUUUAGUCCAGAACUACAAACAAGAUUUAAAUAUUUUGCCAUCAGUUUUCUUCUGGAUAGUGUUAUUCACUUUUGCCAACUCUGCUGUCAAUCCGAUUUUGUAUAAUGUUGCCCAUUUCAGACAUAAAUGUCAGGAAAUUCUUCUUUGUUGUACAGGGACCCGUGUAAGGCAUGGGGCUGGUACAGAAACCACUGCAAGAAGAAGCAACCAUGAACAACCAAAUUUAUCUUUCAUUACCAGAUAAUUAUUUAAAGUCUGAGCUGUGCCACACUUUGCAUGUUGAUAUCUACGCUAACCCAGGUUAAA